AUGCUUGAUAUAACUGUAGCACAGGAAAUGGACAAGUCAAGUAUAAUAGAACACACAUGUUUAUCUACAGGUUUUUCAUCACUUGAUCAUGCGCUUGGCGGUGGACUACGCUUCAAGAAUGUGAUUGAAUUAUGUGGCAAGGCCAAUACAGGCAAAACUGAAUUUAUAUCCAACCUAUUAGCAUCCUACAUUUUACACAGCACGAAUCCAAGCGUUUAUAUCUUUGGAUCUACAGGAUCCUUUGCUCCCAAACGAAUGCACGACAUCUUACAGAAGCACAAUAUUCAAACGGCUGUCCUCUCUCAGAUCGAGUUCACUCAGGUGUUCUCAAUUCGUGAAUUAUCUUUAUCACUUGAAAAUCUUGGCGCAUUAUUAGCAGCCACUGCACGUGAACAAUCACUCGUUAUCAUUGAAGACCUUCCAAGCAUAGCAGCAGAAAUCAAUUGGAUGUCAAGUGAAAUUAAACAUUUGACAGAGAUCAUCAAGAGCUUAUCCAAGUUACAGAGUAUGAUCAUCAUUCAACACAACAUUUCCAAAUCCAAUCUACAGCCCAAAUUCGAAACCUACUGGAACCCAAUGAUUGACCUGAGGUUAUACUUUAAUAAGCAAGCAGAGUAUCAAAGAGCGUACUUGGUAGAGAUAUUAAAGACUAGAUACAAGGCAAGUAUAUACAUGUGUGUUUGA